AAUCUACUCAGUACAUAAAAAAUUACCUCUUUUCCCACAAUUAUAAGUGUGUGAUUUUUUAAACUAAUCUUUAAAAUAAAUAAAUUAAAAAAAUUUAAAGUUUCUUUUCCAUUUAAGUAAUGUGUCAAACACCGACUUCAAAAAAAAAGUGUAAAACACCUUAUGGACGGAGAACAACCCAAACAUUAUUUAUACCAUCAGGCAUCAGGGCUCUCUCUUUUGACUCAUCUGUUCGAAAACCCAGCGGCGGCGAUAUUGAGCAGUAGAAGAGAGCAGAAAAAUGGAGGCCGGAGACGAAGCAAUAGAGAUAUUGGACUCCAAAGACAUGCAGCAGCAGAGCAAAGCCUUCGACAAGCUGACCGAUCAUGUCGAAGAUCGUCAGCUCGACUCCUCGCGCGUCCAAUCGGCUAUGGCUUCAAUUUCUGCAGCUAAGGAAGCUGAUCUUCAAGUUAUGAGAAUGAGGGAGAAUGACCUAGCGGCUGUCAAGAUAAAUGCUGGUGAUGUUGAUGUAAUUGCCAAUGAACUUGAGGUUGACAGGAAGGUUGCCGAGAGGACACUGCGAGAGCAUAAGGGCGAUGCAGUUGCUGCAAUACGGCACUUGCUCAAUGCAAACGUGUAGCGCUUGCCCUCCUCACGAUGAUCUUCUUGUCCAUGUAUUCUGUCUCUAACUAUGUCCUGGCAUUUGAGGUAUUCUUAUGUUUGGCACAAUGCUUCCUUCCAUUCAAAGAGCGCAUCCGAAUAGAGAUAGAGAUAGUUCAUUCUGAUUAAACACUCAACCCAUUCUGAUUCUCUGCUUAAUUUAAUUUUGCAUCAAACAAUCGUUUUUGCUUUGUGAAAAUAAUAGAUGAAAUAUAAAUGACGCAUUAAACUGUCAUUGCAUUAUACUACGGUACCUUCUACCGUGUUUUGGGUAGUAAAUGUAUCUCAAUGGA